UUUUGCAAGACAGUUUAGGUUUGCACAAAUGCUUUGCUGGGAUCACAAUUGGUAUUAAUUAGCAUGUGUAAACAUGUUUAAAUCUAGUUGUGCCAGAUUGUUUUCUGAUGUCAAUCGUAAGGCUUUUGCAGACAGAAAAUAUAACACACUUGCUGUAAAAUGAGUGUCUAUGAGGAGGGGUGUGAUGUUCACACCUGUGAAGUUGAACCCAGUUGUGUGUCUAUGAAGAGUCAUGCAUCUAUGGACAAUCCCCCUAAACUCAGCGAUGAAACCAUGACCUCUGAGUCUGACCCUAACAUUGCCUGUAAAAUGAGUCUAUAUGAGGAGAUAAAGGAGGAGUGUGAUGUUCAAACCAGUGAAACAGUACUCAGUUGUGUGUCUAUGAAGAGUAACGCGUCUAUGGACAAUCCCCCUAAACUCAAUGAUGGAGCUGUGACCUCUGACCCUGUCAGACAACAGGACACAGAGACACACAGACUACUGGACGAGACUACAAACCUACAGAGAGUCAAAGAUCAACACAAAACCAUCAUGAAGAACAAAUAUGAGAGUUUAUUUGAGGGAAUAAAACAACAAGAAAAUCAAACCCUCUUGAACAGGAUUUACACACAACUUUACAUCAUAAAUGGAGAGAGAGAAGGAGUGAAUGAAGAACAUGAGGUGUUACACAUGGAGAAAAAACCCAAAACACAACACUCACAAGACACAACAGUCUACUGCAAUGACAUCUUUAAACCCUUUCUUGAACCAGGAUGUGAGGAGAAGAUGAACAAAAUCAAGAGCGUUCUUACUAAAGGCAUCGCUGGAAUCGGUAAAACCGUCUCUGUACAGAAGUUAAUUCUGGAUUGGACCGAGGGAACGGCCAAUCAGGAUGUAGAUUUCAUGUUUGUCCUUCCAUUUCGAGAACUGAACUUGAUUCAAGAUGAUCAGUACAGUCUUCACAAACUUCUGCUUGACUUUCAUCCUGAACUUCAAGAUCUGGACUCAAAGAUUUAUGAUGAGUGUAAAGUUGUGUUCAUCUUUGAUGGUCUGGAUGAAAGCAGAAUACCAAUGAAGUUUAAAGACAGUCAGAUUGUUUCUGAAGUGACUCAGCCUUCAUCAGUUGGUGUGUUGAUAUCAAACCUCAUCAAAGGAGAUCUGCUUCCCUCUGCUCACAUCUGGAUCACCUCCAGACCAGCAGCGGCCAAUCAGAUCCCUUCUGAAUACAUCAACCGUGUGACAGAAAUCCAGGGAUUCAAUGAUCCUCAGAAGGAGGAAUAUUUCAGGAAAAGAAUCAGUGAUGAAGAUCAAGCCAGCAGAAUCAUCUCACACAUUAGAAGAAGGAGAAGCCUUCACAUCAUGUGUCAUAUACCACUGUUCUGCUGGAUCUCAUCCACUGUGCUUCAGAAGAUCCUGACACAAGAUCACACAGCAGAAAUCCCUCAAACCCUGACUGAAAUGUACAUCCACUUCCUGCUCAUUCAGAUGAAUAUGAAAAAUGAGAAGUAUGAUGAGCGAGAUCCAGAGAAACUCCUGCAGUCCAACAGAGAAGUGAUUGUAAAACUGUCUAAACUGGCUUAUAAACAGCUGAUGAAGGGUAAUGUGAUGUUUUAUGAGGAGGACCUGAGAGAUUGUGGGAUAGACAUCACUGAUGCCUCGGUGUAUUCUGGGAUCUGUACUGAGAUCUUUAAAGAGGAAUCUGUGAUAAAUCAGAGAAAAGUCUAUAGCUUCAUACAUCUCAGCUUUCAGGAGUUUCUCGCUGCGUUCUUUAUGUUUCACUCAUGUGUAGUGGAGAAUAUUGAAUCUGAUGUGAAUAAUGCACUGUAUGGACUAUUACAAACAGUAACUGAUAGAUCCUCACAGACAAAAAGUGGACGUCUGGAUCUUUUCCUUCGAUUCAUGCUGGGCAUCUCGCUGGAGUCCAAUCAGAGACUCUUACAGGAUCUAGAAACACACACCGUGGACACCACAGAAACCAUCAAGAAAACCAGCGAGUAUAUUAAAGAAAAAAUCAAAUAUCAAGAACCCAUAGGUGACAACUCCAGUGAUCAGUCUGAAGAUGAUGAACUCUCAACUAAUCAACAUUAUCUCUCAAAUGAUAGAUCCAUCAAUCUGUUCCUCUGUCUGCUGGAAAUGAACGAUCAGACUCUGUACAGAGAGAUUCAGGAGUUUGUGAAAACAAAGAGAUAUUUAAAGGAUAAACUCUCUGCUGCUCAAUGUUCAGCUAUAGCCUACAUGCUUCAGAUGUCAGAGGAGGUGCUGGAUGAGUUUGAUAUCAGUCAAUUCAACACAACAUAUGAUGGUGCCGUGAGACUCAUACCAGCUGUGAUGAACUGCAGAAAAGCUCUACUCGUUGAUUGUAGUUUCAAUACAGAUGAAUGUAAAAGUUUGGCUUCAGCUGUUCAAUCAUCAAACUCUCUAAUAGAGCUGAACAUGAGGAACAUUCAUCAACAGGAUUUAGGAGUAGAGUUAAUGUCUGGACUGAAGAGUUCACAGUGCCAACUGAACAUACUGAGACUUGCUAAUUGUAAUCUCACUGAUGGAUGUUGUGAAGGUUUGGCUUCAGUUCUUCAAUCAUCAAACUCUUUGAGAGAUCUGGACCUGAGUUACAAUAAACUACAGGAUUCAGGAAUAAAGUUGAUCUCUGAUGGAUUGAAGACUUCACACUGUCAACUCAACAUACUGAGAUUAUCAGGCUGUAUGGUGACAGAUGAAGGUUGUGGUUAUCUGGCUUCAGCUCUAAGUUCAAACCUCUUUCACCUCAGAGAUCUGGAUCUGAGUUACAAUAACUUUCAGGAUUCAGGAGUGAAGUUGAUCUUUGAUGGACUGAAGAGUUCACGCUGUCACCUGGGGAUACUGAAACUUGUUGGCUGUAAUCUCACUGAUGGAUGUUGUGAAAGUUUGGCUUUAGUUCUUCAAUCAUCAAACUCUCUGAGAGAUCUGGACCUGAGUUACAAUGACCUACAGGAUUCAGGAGUGAAGCUGAUCACAGAUGGACUGAAGAGUUCACACUGUCAACUCAACAUACUGAGAUUAUCAGGUUGUAUGGUGACAGAUGAAGGUUGUUGUUAUCUGGCUUCAGCUCUGAGUUCAAACCCAUCACAUCUGAGAGAGUUGGACCUGAGCUACAAUCACCCUGGACCUUCAGGAGUUCAGAUGCUCACUGAUAAACUCAAUGAUCCAAACUAUACACUACACAAACUCAAUGUUAAUCAUGGAGGACAGCUCAGAAUUAUAUCAGGACCACAAAAAUAUGCGUGUGAUCUCACAUUUGACCCAAACACAGCAAACAAUCGUCUGAUUCUGUCUAAGGAGAACAGAGCGGUUACAUAUGUAAAAGAUGAGCAGUCAUACCUCGAUAAUCUAGAGAGAUUUGAUGGCCCUCCUCAGGUUUUAUGUAAAGAGAGUCUGACCGGCCGCUGUUAUUGGGAAGUUAAAUUCAGUGGAGUUGUUAUUAUAUAUGUGUCAUAUAAAGUGAGUGAGGAGGACAAGUCAUUUUGGCACAAUACACAAUACUGCAGUCUGGAAUUGGAUAAAGAAUUUGUGACUUUCACACACAGUAAAAGAAACUGCGCAGAAAUGGAAUUUUUAGAUUUUCCGGACUCUGAAAGAGUAGCAGUGUUUCUGGACAGGUCAGCUGGUGUUUUGUCCUUCUACACCGUCUCUAAUACACAAACACUCACACACUUAAAGACAACAUACACUACAUUCACUGAACCACUUUAUGCUGGAUUUAGUGUAAUGGUUACCUACCAAGAUGCUUAUUGUGAGAUUAACCCACCUCCUGUGAGACACAACUGAAUGAUGGACCUAAACGCUGUAAAAUGUUUCUGUUUGUUUUUAAUAUGUAUAAUAUUUGAUUCAGUAGUUUUUCAGUUGCUAACAAGCAUUGUUCAAUAACACACAGUCUGCAUCACCAGCAUGAAUGUUGGCCAAACAACCUUCAAAAUUCACUCAGACCAACAUAACACUGGCAACAAUUCUUUUUUAAACUUUUCUUUUUAAGUUUGAAUGAUUUCAGUUCUUCAUAUACAAUACUGUAACACCUUGUCACUUUAUUGAAAGCAUUUGUAAGAAGAAUGAUUCAGAAAUAAAUCAAAAUUUAUUUUUUUAGUACUUGAAAAUUAUAGCCAAGAUGUGAAAAAAGAGAAUAAAAAUCCCAGUGCUUUAAUGAUAAUAAUAAAAAAUAAUAAAUAAAAUCCAUUCUACACAUUACUGUAACAACAUGUGCAGUUGUUCAUUAUGGUAAAUUACAGUGACGGUUCGUGUCUGCUUUCUCUCUUGCAUUUGGCCACAAGUUCUCAUCAACAUCACAUCUGAUGUCGUCUCUGGCAAUGCAUCUUGGAAAGUAAAGUAUCUUCUCUGAACCGCUUUUCUUUCAUCCAAAUUUGCCAAUAAAUCCCAACGAUCUCCUUUUACUAAAUCAUGGUAAUGAGACUGAGGCAGAACACCUGGGUGGUUGCAAUGAUUAUUGUUUUAAUUUUUGGCUAUAAAAUUUUCAAUAUUUUAAAACCACUACUGUAUAAAUGUUUGGAAUUUGCCAUCAUUCUGUUUUGAAUGUGUAACUAUUUUGAAUGCAGUUUGUUAGCAUUAGAAAAAUGUGCUGAAAAUACAUAGCAUUUUACAUGUCGUGGAGUAUGAAUGGGAAAAGAGUAAAGUGUGGUCACUGAAUGUAUUUUGUCUGAAAGCAAUGAAAAAUGUUUCACAGUUUAGUUUGCCCUGACUUAGCGGACGGUGAGAAGAGUUUUAAAAAUGUGCUUUCUUUCAGUAUUGAACAAUGCUUGUAAGACACUGAACAACACUAUUAAAGUUUUUCUAAAAUUGCUAAAACACUAAACCCCAAUCUCUGAACCUAACUCAUAGUGGCCUAAACCCAUUUGUCAUCAUUUUACAAAACUCUAAACAGAAACUUCUCACUAAAACACACAUUUUACACUGCAAUGCACUUGUGUUAUAAAUGCUAAAGGUGAACACAACUACAACACAGUUGUCAUUAUCAAGAAAAUACAACAACUCAAAAUUGCACACACUUUUUGCUAAUGGUAUUUUUAGCAAUUGUGUGGAUUGGAAACAGUCUGAGAGGCAGAUGAAGAGUAUGAUGAAGAACAAAACACCAGAGACGAUGCAAUUGGCAAAAUUUACAGUUGGAUUACUGACUUUUUACAAAAUACAAGUGCUGCUUCCAGUAAUAUUGAAAACUGACUAUUACUUGCAGUAUUUGCAGUAAAGUAUUCACUACUGUAUAUUCACUCAACUAAACUUAUGAUUACAGUAAUAGAGAUUUUUAACAGUAUUUGUUAAAUGGCUUUGAAUAAAUUAUUCGAUUUUGAUAGAUGAGUCAGGGUUUAUGUUAAUGACAAUUUUGAUUUGUGUUUAAGCUUUUGAGAAAAUAACUGAUGGUUUCUAAAAAUGUGUUUUAGCAAUUCAGAAAAGAAAAUAUUACCCAGAUGAGUUUGCAAUGAAAAGCUUGCAAAGGUUCUGCUGCACUUACUCAUCAUCACCAGCAGAUGUCAGUCACGUAUUUGAUGUGAGACGUGAAAUCAACACUUAUAAUGUAAAUAAAGUUUCAUUUUGUAAUAU